AGCCGUAUACUCAAAAUGAUAGCCAAGUUGUGCAUUGUCCUUUUGGCCGCCGGUCUUAGCCAGAUUUUGGCAUUGCCAUCGCCUGCUCAGCAAUUUGACAGGCCGAACACCGACUUGAUGCAGUUCCUCCUGCAAUCCCGGGACUUUAGUGCCGAUGGCGACCACUCCAUCAAGUGCAUGAACUACUAUCUCCCCCUGCUAAACGAAGCCUCGGAGAAAUACCAAGCCGAAACAGAGGUGUGCAUUGAGGAGUCUGCUCUGAAGAUCUCACAGAUUAACGACACCACCAAGGCCAAUCGAGAAGCUAUCGACGCCUCCGCCACGAGCUCCUGCGCAGCCCUCACGCAAUGCAGUAAAUUGGAAAAGGCCGAGAAGUACUUCGAAUGCUACAGUGAAGCCGGUUCCAACAACACCAAGUCCAUGUUUACCAUCUCCGCUAAUGCCUCCGAACUGCUGGCUUUUGUAAGAGAAGAAAUACGUCUCAUCGAGGUUGAUCAAUACGUAUGCAGCAACAAGACCUAUAGGGCCUAUGCAGAGGUUUCUGGUAAGCACUACGAAGAUCUGAAACUCUGCAUGAGUGGCGCUGAAAUUCCAUCGUCAACCACGAGCACUCAAGCCCCUUCCACCCAAUCCUCAACUGACUCAUCGACUGAUUCCUCUACUGAUUCCUCGACUGCUGCAUCCUCAACUGAUUCGUCCACGGAAUCCUCAACUGAAUCGUCAACGGAAUCCUCCACUGAAUCCUCGACUGAUUCGUCAACGGAAUCCUCCACUGAAUCCUCGACUGAGUCGUCCACGGAAUCUUCCACUGAAUCCUCAACUGAGUCCUCCACGGAAUCCUCAACUGAAUCAUCGACUGAGUCGUCCACGGAAUCCUCAACUGAAUCCUCCACGGAAUCCUCAACUGAAUCAUCGACUGAAUCGUCGACUGAAUCCUCCACUGAUUCGUCCUCGACCACGGAAAAUUCUGGAGACAACAAGGAAUCAGCUCCCGAGGAGGACUUGAAAUCGGUGUCCAGUCAGAACAACAGCGACAUGCAGCGGAUUCUGAAGAGCCUGCAACAAUGGCUGAAAACUCAGUAA